UCUCAACCCCAUCCAAGAUGCAAAAUAACAUCUUUUCUACAACCUUUUAUCUUUGCUUCGUUUGCAAAAUAUAAUAUAAUUAUCGGCAACCGUAAAAUUUAAAGUUAUGUGCUCCCUUUCCAAAAUGACCCAACUCGCCUCCAAUCCCUGUAUUGUUUUCACUUAUUUCCUGUUCGGUAUUAUUUUCACUUAUUUCCUGUGCGAGUUUGACUAUGUCCUCGAAUGCUCUUCGUCUUCACCACAUUUCGUUCUCAAUCAGAGAAUGCCAAAAGCCUCUGCUUUUUCUCCUCCCACGAAGAUGCCCACUUGAAAUCCACAAAGACCCACUUAGUUUACUCCCUCCACCCACGAAGACGACCACAAGACCCACUCGGUUUGCUCCCUCCUCUGAUGAAGACGACUACAGAAACCAAAGCUCUACUUUUCUCCUCCCAUGAAGAUGUACUCACGCUUAGCUCUACUUUUCUUCAAUUUCGUGGGGCUUCGAUUUCUGGGAAAAGACGAAUGGAGAUUGAAAAGCUAAAGACGAAAUAGAGGGAGAGACAGGAGAACCAAAUGGAAAGAAGCAAGAAAAAAAUGAUUUUUUUAUCAAAAGGCGUGUCCGUGUACGCGGGGUGUUCCCUUCCGCGUGUGCAAAUAGCAUUUUUCAGUGUCAUCGAUUAUACUUUCAUACACUCCUUCACGCAUGCUCUCGAUGUGAUAGGAAUUUGGAAUUUGGAAUUUGGAAUUUUGGAUCCCUUUUUCGUCCCCACACUGCUAAGUUUUCCGAGACUUUUCCCGAUCGCGCUAGACGUGAUUACGACCUCGAUCAAUUAUUGACUCCCUUCGGCACGAAAAAUAUUAAAUAAUAAUAAAUACUAGCCACACAGCCUAAAUCCAGCUUAGAAGUGGAAAAAUCCCCAUUAUAAAGCACUUCCUAGAGAUUUAGAACCAUUUAUCUUUAGCAAGAGGAGAAGAUAAUGGGUCGGAAUGAGGUUGAGGACAAGGUGGAGAAUGUUGUUGAUCCGGAAGAUGAACAUAAUGGUGAUCCGGGGGACAAGAAGCUCAAACAAGAAGUAGGGGAGAUAUCGGUGGAGCGAUUGUUUGAAGAUCAAGAGGUUCCGUCAUGGAGGAAGCAGCUGACCAUGAGAGCCUUCGUGGUGAGCUUCUUCCUGAGCAUACUGUUCACCUUUAUAGUGAUGAAGCUCAACCUCACCACAGGUAUUAUACCUUCCCUCAAUGUCUCUGCUGGUCUCUUGGGGUUCUUCUUCGUCAGGACAUGGACCAGGUUGCUUCAGAAAUCUGGCUUGUUGAAGCAGCCUUUCACCCGGCAGGAAAAUACUGUCAUCCAGACCUGUGUUGUGGCUUCUUCUGGCAUUGCCUUUAGUGGAGGCUUUGGAAAUUACCUCUUAGGAAUGAGUGAAAGCAUUUCCAAACAAUCAUCAAAUACUCAUGAUUUCAAAAACCCGUCAUUAGGAUGGAUCAUCGGCUUUCUCUUUGUUGUCAGCUUUCUAGGACUCUUCUCGGUGGUGCCUCUCCGAAGGAUUAUGAUCAUAGACUUCAAACUGACGUAUCCCAGCGGUACUGCCACUGCUUAUCUCAUCAACAGCUUCCACACUCCUCAUGGAGCAAAAUUAGCAAAGAAACAAGUGAGAGCGUUGGGAAAAUUUUUCACCUUCAGCUUUUUAUGGGGUUUCUUUCAAUGGUUCUACCAUGCUGGAGACAACUGUGGAUUUUUAUACUUCCCUUCAUUAGGGCUCGAGGCAUAUAAGUAUAGAUUUUAUUUUGAUUUCUCCACAGCAUAUGUUGGCGUCGGAAUGAUUUGCCCCUAUAUCAUAAAUGUAUCAGUGCUGGUGGGAGGGAUUCUUUCUUGGGGUCUGAUGUGGCCUCUCAUAGAAAAUAGGAAGGGUGACUGGUAUCCUGCAAACCUCAAAUCAGAUAGCAUGUUUGGUCUUCAAGCUUACAAGGUCUUUAUUGCCAUAGCCUUGAUCCUGGGUGAUGGUUUAUAUAACUUUCUCAAGGUUCUAAGUCAAACCAUCUUAGGCUUGUCUCAUCAGCUCCUGACCAAAAAAUUGAGCUCUGAACUCCCUGUUGCAAACCAUUCUUCACCUACGAGCUCUCAGCUCUCAUAUGAUGACAAGCGUCGUAGCCAACUCUUUCUCAAAGAUCAAAUUCCCACAUGGUUUGCCAUUGGAGGUUAUGUUGCUAUUGCUGCAAUCUCUAUAGGCACCCUUCCACAUAUCUUUCAUCAACUCAAAUGGUAUUACAUAUUGGUCAUCUAUAUAUUUGCACCCGCAUUGGCUUUCUGUAAUGCUUAUGGUUGUGGGCUUACUGAUUGGUCCCUUGCAUCCACCUAUGGAAACCUGGCCAUCUUUACCAUCGGAGCAUGGGCUGGUGCUUCACUUGGUGGAGUACUUGUAGGCCUAGCAGCUUGUGGAGUUAUGAUGAACAUCGUCUCAACGGCCUCUGACCUAAUGCAGGAUUUUAAGACUGGUUACUUAACACUGGCUUCACCGCGUGCCAUGUUUGUGAGUCAACUAAUUGGCACAUCAAUGGGUUGUGUAAUUGCGCCUUCUGUGUUUUGGCUCUUUUACAAUGCUUUUCAAGACAUUGGAGUUCCUGGAAGUGAAUAUGCUGCACCAAAUGCUAUUGUAUUCCGUAACAUCGCUAUUGUGGGGGUCGAGGGCUUUUCAAGUCUACCAAAGAAUUGCCUUCUCCUCUGUUUCGUGUUCUUUGGUGCAGCCAUUCUGAUAAAUUUGGUAAGAGAUAGAGUGGAUAAGAAGUGGUCACGGUACAUUCCACUUCCAAUGGCAAUGGCAAUACCCUUCUACUUAGGACCAUAUUUUGCCAUUGACAUGUGUGUUGGAAGCUUAAUACUGUUCAUCUGGGAGAAGAUAAACAAGAGCAAGGCAGAUGCUUUUGGCCCUGCAGUAGCAUCUGGUUUGAUCUGUGGGGAUGGGAUAUGGACUUUGCCUGCUUCUAUCCUUGCUCUGGCUGGGGUCAAGCCACCGAUUUGUAUGAAAUUCUUGUCACGAGGCAGUAAUGCUGAGGUGGAUAACUUCUUAAAAUCACUGGGCUAAGCUUAUCAUGUGAUGUCUUAAAGCUAGAGCAUAAAAGGACUUGUAAUAUAUCCCUGAUGUCUCUCUUUCAUUUUCUUUUUCUUUUUCUCUCUGGUGUGGAUACAAAUCUAGUAAAGCAGUCACAGAUGUGAUCAAGGAAAAAUGUGUUUGUCAUAUUACAAUAUCAAGAAGGUAAAUAUUCGCUUC